AUGGAUAGAUUAAAAUGUGUCAUAUUGCUUGAUAUCAGUGAAGAAUAUUCUAGACAACGUUUAAUUGAUCAAAUCACUUAUUCUAAUGAGAUUUGUGCUAAUAAUGAAUUGGAUUCAAUUAAUUGUCGUCUGACUAUUUUUAAAAAUCAAACAUUACCUGUAUGUAAAGCAAUUGAAAAUGAUGAAAAAUUAAGAGUUAUUGAUGGUGAAUUAAAUUGUGAUGAGAUUUUAUUGGACAUUAUGGAAUUAUGUGAUCAUAUGAUUUCUAAUCAAUUGAUUAAAUCUAAACCACACCUUACAUCAAAUGAUUCACCGGAAAAUCAGUUACUUACCCCCAUAAAUCAUAGAACCAGAGUAUAUGAAAAUAGACCAAGUAUAUGUAGUAUUCCAAGAAUUAUACCAUUGUAUCCGGAUAAUGGUCGUAUGACGAAUGAAUAUAAUUGUCCAAUUAUUCUAUUAUUAGGUGGUCCAGGCUCUGGACGAACAGAACAAGCGAUAGCUUUAUGUGAAAAACUAACUGAUUUAGCAUUUUUCAAUGUGACCGACUUCUUAAGGAAAAAUAUUUUAGAUUUUAUCAAUGAAAAUAAUGUUAAAGAUUGGGAUGUGAUUGGACGUCGUGUACAUUCUAGUGAUCCACCAUCGAACAGGUCGAAACCUUUGCCAACAUUGAAAGAUGCAGAUUUCCUGACAGAUUUAUGCAAAAUACAUAUUGGUGAAGAAUCUAAGAAGAAGGUGUUAAAUACACUGGAAUGUGAUAUACAAUUCUUACAAGAAAACAAUUUGAUCGACUAUAGUCUUCUGAUUGGUGUACAUGAUCCUGAGAUUGCACGGAAUAGUUUAAUUGAGAAGGCCGGUGGUGAUGAUGAUGAAGGAACUGGCGGUUUGGGUGGAGGAGUAUUGGAGCCAAACAGUCGAGGUUUGGAUGAUAGAAAAGUGUCUUCAGGUGAUGGUCUGGGAACACUUGCCUCACAAUGGCAAAGUGGUCGUUUGUCAAUGGCUAGAUCGAGUAUUGUACUUGGUCUGAGUCCAGAUGCUGCGGAAGCUUCUAGUUGUGGUGUUGGUGUUGGUGUUGGGACUGGAAAUGCGAGUACAGGUGAUGAUGAUGAUGAAGAGGAAGAUGGAAUCAGUAUACCAGAGAACAAUGCACAUCAACUGCCAUCAAGUGAAUUAACUCCACCCGAUAGUCCACCUGGUGUAGAAUGUCUACCUCAAUUAUUCUCAGGUGAAUUACAUCCUACAAUAGAACAUUAUGGAAUUAAAAGUUCCAUUGAUUCCUCUCAUCCACUAAUCUAUUUUGUGGCUAUCAUUGAUAUACUAACUCGUUAUGGAAUGCGUAAACGUACAGCUCAAACUUACAAAACAGUGAAACAUGGUUCAGAUGGUGGUUCUGUGAAACCGGAAUUCUAUGGUCGUCGUUUAUUGGAAUUUGUGGAACAGUGCAUUGACUGA